AUGGUAGAUGGUGUUGGUAUCUGUACCAUCUAUGGGAUAGAUGAACUCUUAAUGUUGUUGUGUAUUGUACCAUUGCCAUACAGGUACCAUUGCCAUACAUGUAAGAUGGUAGAUGGUGUUGGUAUUUGUACCAUCUGUGCCAAGGUAUGUCAUAAAGAUCAUGAAUUAUCAUAUGCUAAGUAUGGAUCCUUCUUCUGUGAUUGUGGUGCCAAAGAAGACGGCACAUGUCAGGCACUAGUGAAGCGCAUCCCUUCUAGUGGUCUGGACUCCAGUGUUGCUGCACAGACAGGUUUACAGUCACCUUUCUCAAUGGAUAAAGUACCAGAUAGUUCCUUACGAAGGAGAACCUCCUCUCCAACUCCAAUCGAUAAAGCACAAAGCAGUGAGAAAACCAAUGAGGAAGCCAACAAAGCCAGACUAGCUAUGUGCAAACAAGUAGAAAAAUUCAAGGAUGUUCUGAUAAACCAUAUAGAGAGCUCUCAAAUUGUCAGUACUAUACUAACCAUGGUGCAGACACUAGUGGAACCAAUUGGUGAGAAUUGUACACGUACAUCACCAGUCGGUGCAGCUGGUCGGGCUCAGAAAGCGCUGCAUGAGCUACAUUCUAUUGAUAAAACAGUUGAAAACACUGAUAACCUCAUGAUUACCAUACUUCAGCUGUCGGCAUUAUUGAAACAAGCCGAUUCUAGUAAAAGAAAACUGACUUUGACUCGACUGUCAUCAGCCCCUGUACCAUUCACUGUAUUGAAUAUUUGUGGCAACCCAUGCAAUGAAGAUUUACUUGCCGUGUGUGGACUCAAGGAUUGUCAUGUGUUGACUUUUACAAGUUCAGGUUCAGUGUCUGAUCACCUGGUAUUGCAUCCACAACUAGAAGCUGGUAAUUUCAUCAUCAAAGCUAUCUGGUUACCUGGAUCUCAGUGUGAACUUGCUAUAGUAACGGCUGAUUUUGUCAAGAUCUAUGACCUAUCCCAGGAUGCAUUGAGCCCUGUUUACUACUUCCUGUUACCCAGUGGUAAGAUUCGUGAUGCAUCGUUCAUAUUUACCGAAGACUCUCGCACUAUGGUGUUGAUGUCAUCAGCUGGCUAUAUUUACACCCAGCCAAUGGAAGAACUGAGUAGUGCAAAGCAUGGACCAUUCUACGUGACCAACGUAUUGGAUGUCACUCACGAUGACUUAAAGGACACUAAUGGACAGGUUGCUGGUGGUGGAGUGUCUGUAUAUUAUUCACAUACAUUGCAGUUACUCUUCUUUAGUUACUCACAAGGUAAAACUUUCUGUGCAUCAUUGAACAAACAAAACAAUCAACUACCGUCACUGUUCCCGAUCAAUUUUAAAAGUAACAAUGGAUCCAGCAAGUCUAACAGCCCAGCACUGUGUCAAUGGAAUGAAGUACCAAACCAUCCAGGACUCAUCUACUGUAUAACUCAAACCAGUGGUGUACCAGUCAUUAUGAUGGUUAAACCAGACUCUAUUAUGGUACAGGAAAUUAAGACACUACCAGCUAAAGCCAAGAUCCAAGACAUGGUUGCUAUCCGGCACCCAUCAGCCACAUCUGAACAACAUCGUACAACAUUAAUAUUGCUUUGUGAGGAUGGUAGUCUACGCAUCUACAUGGCAAGUGUGGAGAACACUAGUUACUGGAUGUCCAGUCAAUUCCAACCAGCCAGUGUUAUCAGUGUGCUUAGACCACCUAAAAAAAAAAAGACUGCAAAAUCGGGUCGCCCCGUUGGUCAAGUGUCAUUUCCAAUUGAUUUCUUUGAGCACUCCCAAGUACUGAAUGAUGUGGAGUAUGGUGGUAAUGAUCUAUUACAGCUGUAUAAUGUACAACAAAUCAAACACAGAAUGAACACUACUGGCAUGUAUGUGGCCAGUACAAAGCCGACUGGUUUUAGCAUUGAUGUCACUAAUAAUAACAGCAAUAUGGUUAUGGUUGGAGUACGAUUUCACAUUGGAACACAAUCUGUGGAGAGAGUACCAUCAUUCUUAGAAAUGUUUGGCCGAAGUGUACAGAUCAAUUUGAGUCGUAACAGGUGGUAUGACAUGCCGUUUACACGAGAUGAAUCACUAACGGCAGACAAGAAAUUUACUAUUUUUGUUGGACCAUCUGUAGACCCUGCCGGUGUCACGAUGCUAGAUUCAAUUAAAGUAUAUGGCAAGACGAAAGAAGCAUUUGGAUGGCCUGAUGAACCGCCAGAUGAAUUCCCAUCAGUCACUGGUACAAACUUGCCUACAGUGACUACUAGCACGGACACUGAGGUCGCUGUCACAUUGCCAUUACCAUUGACUUCAUUAGACAGACUGGUGGCCAGUUCAUUGGAGGUAUUAGAAGGAUGCUUCAUGGUUUUGGCUAAUACUGAG